CAGCUGAGCUGCUGUCGGAAAGAAACCCAGCGACCAAUCCCUCAUUCCGUAAACUGAUCAGCCAUGUCGCAAGUGCAGCAUAGCCUCCACGAGCUGCUGCUGCUGCUGCAGGCGAGGUCGCCGUCCCCACAGGCAGCCCUAGUGGUCUCUCUCCUGCUCUUCUGUCCACUUCUCGUACUCCUCGUGGCACGUCGCUUCGGGACGCCGUCGACGGCCACCGUCACCGCGAGAGCCAGGGAAGAUCAGCUCAGCAAGUUGCCUUCUCCUCCCAGCAGGCUCCCCAUCAUCGGCCACCUGCACCUCGUCGGGCCCCUCCCGCACGUCUCCCUCCGCGACCUCGCCGCCGAGCACGGCCGCGAUGGACUCAUGCUCCUCCGCCUCGGAGCCGUCCCGACGCUCAUCGUGUCGUCGCCGAGCGCAGCGCAGGCUGUGCUGCGCACCCACGACCACGUCUUCGCGUCCCGGGCCUACUCCCCCGUCACCGACAUCCUCUUCUACGGCUCCACGGACGUCGCCUUCUGCCCCUACGGCGAGCACUGGCGGCAGGUCAAGAAGAUCGCUACUACGCACCUCCUCACCAACAAGAAGGUCCGCUCCUACCGCCAUGCGCGCGAGAACGAGGUGAGGUUGGUGGUAGCCAAGAUCCGGGAGGCCGCCGCAGCAGGCACCGCCAUGGACCUGAGUGACCUGCUCAACGCCUUCACCAACGACGUCGUGUGCCACGCCGUGUCCGGGAAGCUUUUCAGGAAACAAGGCCACAACAAGCUCUUCCGGGAGCUCGUCGAGGCCAACUCGUCGCUCAUCGGCGGUUUCAACCUGGAGGACUACUUCCCGGUGCUGGUGAAGCUGGACUUCAUCAAGAGGAUGGUUUGCGCCAAGGCCCAGAAGGUGAACAAGAUGUGGGACCAACUGCUCAAUAGCCUCAUCGAUCAGCAUGCAAGCAGGCCCGCGUCAGAACAGGGCGGCGAAGACAGCGACUUCAUCGACGUGUUGCUUUCCAUUCAACAAGAGUACAAUCUUACGAGAGACCAUAUUAAGGCUCAGUUGGAGAUCAUGUUUGAAGCUGGCACUGAUACAUCAUUCAUAGUGUUGGAAUAUGCCAUGGUUCGGCUCAUGCAAAAACCCCACCUCAUGAAUAAGCUGAAAACCGAGGUGAGGAGCACUAUGUCCAAGGGGAAAGAAAUGAUCACCGAAGACGAUCUGAGCAGUUUGGCCUACCUAAAGGCAGUCAUCAAAGAGACACUCCGGCUCCAUAUGCCCGCACCACUCCUCGUGCCUCACCUCUCCAUGGCUGACUGCAAAAUUAACGGCUACACGAUACCAUCAGGAACGCGCGCCAUCGUCAACAGCUGGGCUCUUGCAAGGGAUCCUAGCAGCUGGGAGAGCGCAGAAGAGUUCAUGCCUGAGCGGUUCAUGGAAGGUGGCAGCGCUGCAACUAUGGACUACAAGGGAAACGAUUUCCCCUACUUGCCUUUUGGGACUGGGCGGAGGAUAUGCCCAGGUAUCAACUUUGCAAUUGUGACCAUUGAAGUCAUGCUAGCAAAUCUCAUGUACCACUUCGACUGGAAGCUACCAUCAGAAUCAAUGGAAGCUGGCAUCAGUAUGACUGAAUCAUUUGGGGUAACAGUCCACCGAAAGGAGAAGCUCCUACUUGUCCCUGUAGCGCCAGAAGAUUAGUAAAAACUAGUCCAUAUGACCUACCUAUAUAAUAGUCAUAUGGAUUUUUUGGACUUUUUUUAUUAAGCACGAGUGUAUUGGGUAAAUAAAGCAUUGCAUCACAAAUCGAUUACCAUAUUCAUGACUAGCAAUUAAGUCUAGUACAUGAACGCUCA